CUGACGCCGUGUGCAUCCACUGCGCGCCUGUGUGUGCUGCUGGCGCUGUCAUCACAGAUGUACCCCCAGCUGUCACCGCACCGCUCCGCUCUGCCGGCUCGUGCACACGCACGCUCUCCUCCCUCGCCCUCUCUUUCCUCUCUCCUAUCUGUCUCCCUCCGUCCCUCCCUCUUCCCAGCUCAGUUUGUUAUUGACCCAGCAGCCCCAUCCCCUCUCCCCUGGCAGCGCAGUGCCACGGGCUCUCCACCUCCUGCGCUGGGCGCUGUGCGCCAGCUCCCUGCUCCCGCUGAAUCCCACUCUGGCAGUGGAGCCCGCAGCUUGGUGGUGGUGUCUGCAUUUGUAGCUACCUGAUCUAAGGGCUCAGUUCUGAAGAAAGGUGACUUUUGUGCUGACAGCUCAAGUGUCCAGCUAUGCCAUCUGUUUCCUACUGGUCAGUCCCACCCUGCCACUGGCUCUUACACUCCCAGAAUCAAACAGGCCUAUGGGAGGCUUGGAGGAAGACCAGCAGGGAUCUCCCUGGGGCCAUGAAUUUGCUGCUGCAGCAUGAACCCCUGAGCUGACGAGUCUUAUUAUAGACCGGCUGGUGGAAGACAGAGCAUUGCGAUUCACCUCCAAGGUGGAAGUUGGGAGCUGCCUGGUGGCCCACACCUGACUGACCUCCCAGCAGACACUGGGACAGUCUGGUUUCUGCCUCCCAGGGGCCAUGGACUGACAAGCAGCAUACACCCAGGGGCACCUCUCUGCCCAGAGCUGCGGAGAGCUCUGAGUUCACCAUGCUGGCGCUGGGCGGUGGCCCUGAGCCAAGGACCUGGCAGAUCUCCUGGAUCACCUGCUGGCUCACACUCUAUGCUGUGGAGGCCCUUCCCAGCUGUCCUUUUUCCUGUACCUGUGACAGCCGCAGCCUGGAGGUGGACUGCAGCGGCCUAGGCCUCACCACAGUGCCCCCGGAUGUGCCCGCAGCCACCCGAACCCUUUUGCUCUUGAACAAUAAACUGAGUACCCUACCAAGCUGGGCCUUUGCCAACCUGUCCAACCUGCAGCGGUUGGACUUGUCCAACAACUUCCUGGACCAGCUACCCAGCUCUGUUUUUGAGGACCUGGUCAAUCUGACAGAGCUGCAGCUGCGCAAUAACAGCAUCAGGACCCUGGACAGGGACCUGCUGCAGCACUCCCCCAGACUCCGCCACCUGGACCUGUCCAUCAACGGCCUGGCCCAGCUGCCUCCAGGGCUUUUUGAUGGACUCCCUGCUCUUCGCUCGCUCUCCCUCCGCUCCAACCGACUGCAGAGCCUGGACCGGCUGACAUUUGAGCCCCUGGCGAGCUUGCAGCUGCUGCAGGUGGGGGACAAUCCCUGGGAAUGUGACUGUAACCUGCGGGAGUUCAAGCACUGGAUGGAGUGGUUCUCUUAUCGAGGGGGACGCCUGGACCAGCUGGCCUGCACCCUACCCAAAGAGCUGAGGGGGAAGGAUAUGCGCAUGGUUCCCAUGGAGAUGUUCAACUAUUGCUCCAGGCUGGAGGACGAGAACAGCUCAUCUGGGCUGGAUGCUCCUGGGCCUCCCUGCACCAAGGCCAGCCCAGAACCUGCCAAGCCCAAGCCUGGGGCUGAGCCUGAGCCAGAACCCAGCACAGCCUGCCCUCAGAAGCAGAGGUACAGGCCAGUGAGUGUGCGGCGGGCCAUUGGCACUGUGAUCAUUGCGGGAGUUGUCUGCGGCAUCGUUUGCAUCAUGAUGGUGGUGGCCGCUGCCUACGGCUGCAUCUAUGCCUCCCUCAUGGCCAAGUAUCACCGGGAGCUCAAGAAGCGCCAGCCCCUGAUGGGGGACCCUGAGGGCGAGCAUGAAGACCAGAAGCAGAUCUCUUCCGUGGCCUGAGAGUCCAUCUGCCUGGCCCAGGUAGGCAGGGUAGGGCAAGCACAUGGAUCACUCAGAAAGGCUGGUCGUCUGUUCCAUUGCAGUCCCUGCCUUGGCUUGACACUGGCUACUGCCUCUCCUAAUUCCUUCCAGCCCUCAGCAGACCAGCCACAGUGCAGUCAUCUCCACGAACUCCCAAGUCUCCCUCGAGGUCACCAUUGUGCUGAAGGCUGCUGUGGAUGCUCCUCACUAGGCCACAGAAUCUUUGGUGCACCUGAGGACUCUCCUGGAACCUCUGGCCAUGGGGAUGGACAGAUGUGGAUGCUAGAGGAGCCUUGGCCCAGCCAGGCAACUCUUCCCACCUCUUGCUUAUUCCCACCUCAACUCCAUUUAGGGGAGGGGGAGCAAGGGAUAUGGGAGCCAGGGAUCAAUUUCUGUGGCUCUUUUUUUAAACUAGAAAGGUAUUCUUAAGCCCCCUGCAGUGGAAAACGGUCUGCUCCCAACAGUGUACCAGUGUACCAAACAUUCCAAUCCAUGAUCUGAACCUAGUGUUAGAAACACAAUGCUGUGAUUACAACACCCUCCCUUGGCAACGCCAUCUCCGUGUCUGCUAGGGACCACAGUGACCACAAUACCACUGGCUUCAGCCACCUCCACACGCACUCGGAACACCACCACCACCGGCACAUAGAUUGCAAUACACACACACACACACACACACACACCUCCUUCACAGAGACAGGUAGGGGUCUCCUUGAGUCUUUGGCCCUGAGACCACAGAAGAACCUCUUGCUUGCUGACUGCAAUCUUCUCAAGUCAAUUGGGCGGAGGGAGAGGAUUCUAAAUCGGUAACAUGGGGUUCCUUUGAGAUCCUCUAAAGUGGGCCACAGUGGUGCUGCUGGAUGAGCCUGCCCAUCACCAUGGCAACCUGCUCACACCUCUCCUACUGGGUUUUCCAAGGACUGGCCCAGAGGCCCAGAGGCUGCUGCCUCUGUGAAUGGUAGCCUCUUGAGAGCCUAGCUACAUAUUCUGGGUGUUUCCUCUGAGCUGCCAGGUUUGUCCUCACUGCCAGGCCCCAGGGAGCACUCUCCAUUUUCAUCCCUGUUGUCUGCAGCCUUGGCUCUGCCCCUCUGCACCUCUCACUCCCUUAUCUCCAGCAUCUUCUGCCUGUGACCUCAGGGCUGGGACUGGGCUGGGCUGUGGGCCUCCUUGGGGAAAGCAGGUGGCAGGCAGAUGGCAGAGUGGCCCUUGAAGAGGCUCACUGCUCAUCAACACAUUGCUUACAGAUACCAGGAGCAGGGAGAGGACUGUUAAAUUCUGUGCAGAGUGCUAAGGCCUCCUUCUUGGGUGAAGGUAGUGGUUUGUUUGCUUAACUGGGCUUCUAAUUGCAGCUGGACCAUGAUCCAAGCCAGAGAGUGGGCCAGGGCCAGAGACAUCUGCCCCAGCCAAGUAGAGUUCAGGGUAUUUGCCUCCUAUUCCAUUGACCUCCUUAGGAGUCUGAUGUCUGGUGGGUAUCAGGUCUCCCUCUGCUGGACCCCACUUCCUCAUGCUCAGAGAGGUUCAGGAGGCGCCAGGUUGGCUUCUGACUCUUAAGGCAAGGUCUUGGGGAUAGCACAGGAGGAAGCCAGUUAGGGCUCUGAUGGUACCAGAGCAGGACAGGGCGAGUUCAGCUGCCCUGCUCCUUCCAAUCUCCUCUACUCAAACAGGAGGCGGUAGAGAGGGUGCGCGGAGAGCCUUGGAGAAGUCGUCUCCAGCAGGCGGAGAGAGGGCCUUAGCAGGCUGCUUAUCCUGAUCACACGCCCCCUUGCCUAGGGGCUUAGUCUUCCUUUCUCUUUGGGCUUGUAGGCUGAUACCAGAUCUGGGAAUUUUCUAAAGGGACUGGGGGGAGGGAAGGGUGUUGUCAGUGUUGGUAUCUUUAGCCUGAGACAGAAGAUUUUUAAAGGCAAAAUUAUAUUUCUGGUUUGUUGUUUCAGAAGACCAAUAAAGACUGUAUUUUCCUAUGUA